UUUCUCCUACUGCAAAUCUUUAUCAGAUAUAUAUUUUUCAAUACACGUUUUUCUAAUCUCACUUUAGUGGAAUUUUCUUUAAAUAUAGUUAGUUAUCAACAAAACUUUUUCUUGGAUUGGAUCAGAACUUGGAGAUACAAAAAGGCAAAAGUAGAUCGAUCGAUCGACUACUCUUCACCAUUGCAAAUUUUGAUGAACUUGCAGGAAUUUUUCAACAGAAAAUGGCUGAAACUGAAAUUGAUGAAAUGUUAGAUCACCUGAGAAGGAUCAAGAGUGGAGUGAAUCUGAGUAGCUUCAAGAUUGAUCAACUUAAGAAACUUGAAAUGGUGCUAAGAGUUUUUAAAACCUGUAUAAAGUAUCAUCAUGUUCUUUUGCUGGAUCCCUUUCUGAAACUCACAAAGAAGACCUUCUUGACUAUGGUAGUGCUUCACAGGGUAUUUGAUGGGAUUCUAGAUGAAUGUAGAACUAACCUUAAUCUGGAAAGGCUAGAAUCACAUUUGUUGGAAUUCUUGGAGCGUGAUACCAUUUUAAGUUACAAUUAUGAGUUGAAUGACUUUGAUCUGUUAGAAUAUAUGGAUUGCCUAGGAAAGAAUAUAAAUGAUGUACUAAUGAUGUUACUGGAAAGGGUUAGGUCUGAUCCUCCUGGAGAAAAUCUUACAAUACACAAAUUUAUAAUGCAACUGAAAAUUGUUCAAAAGAAAAUGAGAUUUUUGAGAUACUUAUAUGCAACAGAGAUAAAAGAUUGCGUUGACAAUGAGAAGCUGGAAUGUUUGGAGACUCGAAUUCAGUUCAUGGCUGACAAUGUGGGACAGCUUUGUCUUGCUAUUUCAGUUUACGUUGUUGCUGAUUUUGUAGAUGAUAAGGAUGAGGAUGACACAUAUGAAUAUAAUAUCGUGAAUAAACCUCCCUAUAUAUUAUGCUUGAUUGUGUUAGUGGAGCAGGAAAUGAAGAAGAUUUUUCUCAGUGAACUAAAGGCUUCAAAGUUUAGUCAAUCAAGAACUUUCAAGGACAAGAAAUUACCAAAAGGAUUUUCACAUCAUCUCCACAGUUUGCUGAUGUAUCUCAACAACAAAAAGCUCAAGAACUUUCCUAAUAUUAUCUUUGUUCAAAAUAUUGAUGUGGCAAUAGAGUUCUUGUUGGUUUUCCUUGAUGCGGAUGGGUCAAAUCAUGUUAUUAACGGUAACUGGUUGAAUGAGGUUAUGGAAAAGGUUGGAGCUAUAGCAGGUGAUGUUCUAUAUGUAAUUCAAAAGCUUCUUCCAGCUAGCUCUAUAAACAAAGAUAACACUAGCAAAAUAAGUCUUUGCUCAAUACAGAUAUUGGAGAAAACUAAAGAUCUGAAGGCACAAGUGGAGACGUACUACAAAUCCUUAAAAUUUACUCCAUCUCAGUUGCCUACCCUUGGCGGAUUGAGCUUUCUGGAUUCUCUUUUAAGGAAACUGAAUGAGAUGUCGAAAUAUAAAUCUGGUUUGGAUUUCCUAAUGAAACCUCUUUUAGGUAAUUUGGAGAAAGAGCUAUCAUCUCUUACAUCCAUUUUAGAGAAAGAACUAUCAUCUCUUACAUCCAUUUUCAGAGAUGUCACAAAGGUUCACCCUGAACAUAAAAUUCUUAAAGUUCUUCAGAGACGUACCAUCAAUUUGGCAUAUGAAGCUGAGAUUGCCAUUGACUCUAUUCUUUCUCAGUAUAAUGUUUUUUUGUAUAUUUUUUGCUCACUUCCUACAAUCUUAAAAGAGAUCAACCAAAUUAAUGCGGAGGUGACUGAGAUGUGGUCGGUGGAUGUUGCUCUUAAGCCUCACUAUGUGGUAGCGCCAUCUAAACAUCUGCCAACUCGACAUAGCAAUCCAGUGACUGAUGAGGAUAUAGUGGGUUUUGGGAAUGACACAGAAAAAAUGAUUCAAUAUCUGAUUAGAGGUACAAAUGAGCUAGACGUCCUCCCAAUUGUAGGCAUGGGGGGACAAGGGAAAACGACAAUUGCUAGAAAGGUGUACAAUAGUCACGACAUUGUUUCUCAUUUUGAUGUUCGAGCAUGGUGCAUCGUUUCGCAAACAUAUAAUCGGAGAGAGCUAUUACAAGAUAUUUUUAGUCAAGUUACCGGUUCCAACGACAAUGGAGAUAAGGAUGACAUUCUUGCCGACAUGUUGAGGAAAGGACUAAUGGGAAAGAGAUAUCUCAUUGUAUUGGAUGAUAUGUGGGAUGGUAUGGCAUGGGAUGACUUAAGGCUUUCUUUUCCAGAUGUUGGAAAUAGAAGCAGAAUAGUAGUAACAACUCGACUUGAGGAAGUGGGUAAGCAAGUCAAGUACCAUACUGAUCCUUAUUCUCUUCCCUUCCUCACAACAGAAGAGAGUUGCAGAUUGUUGAAGAAAAAAGUGUUUCAAAAGGAAGAUUGCCCACCUGAACUACAAGAUGUGAGUCGCGCAGUUGCAGAAAAAUGCAAAGGAUUGCCUCUAGUGGUUGUCUUGGUAGCUGGAAUAAUCAAAAAAAGGAAAAUGGAAGAAUCUUGGUGGAAUGAGGUGAAAGAUGCUUUAUUUGACUAUCUUGAUCAUGAGUCGGAAGAAUAUAGUCGGGCGACUAUGCAGUUGAGUUUUGAUAACUUACCCGAUUGUUUAAAGCCUUGUCUUCUUUAUAUGGGGAUGUUUCCGGAGGACGCAAGAAUUCCAGUGUCUAUAUUGAUAAGUCUAUGGACUGCGGAAGACUUCGUGGAGAACAUUGAAUCUGCUGAAGGUUACUUGAUGGAUCUCAUUAGCAGUAAUGUGGUAAUGGUUUCAAAGAGAGAAUAUGACGGAAAAGUCAAAUACUGUCAGGUUCAUGAUGUAGUGCUUCAUUUUUGCUUGGAGAAGAGUAGAGAAGAAAAGUUUAUGCUGGCAGUGAAGGGGCAUGAUAGCCAGUUUCAACCUUUGGAUUGGAAGGAAAGUCGAGUGAGUUUCAGUUACAGUGAAGAGCCUUCCAAGUUUGCAUCUCUGGGCUCCAUAUCACGGAAGCCUUCCCACCAACACUUGAGGUCACUGAUAAUGACAAAUGGAGGAAAAUCUUUUGAUGGGAUUCACUUACGUCAGAUUAGUGAAUUGCGACUUCUUAAAGUCUUGGAUUUGAGUUCCCAUGAAGCUUGUUAUUUAUCGUCAGCUACAUUCAAACCACUAAAUCACCUGAAGUACCUCGCAGUUUGGGCAAAUAAAUUCUAUUUUCAUCCAGAAUCACAUCUGCCCCCUAUAGAAACUUUAAUUGUAAAUAAUAAUCUUAAUACAGUACUGUUACCAGCGUCAUUUUGGGAAAUGGAAAAAUUAAGGUGUCUUAGUAUCGUUGAAGCUGAAUUUGAUAUGCAUGGGAUCUUUGAAGGAUCCUCUAAGUUGGAAAAUUUGAGGAUAUUAAGGAAAGUUAGAAUUCCAAUUGAUGAAGCGGAUAGGCUGGAUGUGUUAUUACAGAGGUGUCCUAAUCUUCAACAACUUCACAUCAACUUUGAGGAUAGUUAUUCUGUAGAUUCUUUUUGGGACGAUUAUGCAGAGUCUUUUUGUCUCACAUUGGAGAAUUUUACCCAGCUUCAAAUACUUCACCUUUCCUUUGAGAGUCCCAUAGCUGUAUCCGGGUUACAGUUGCCUUCAAAUUUAAAGAAGUUGGUACUAUUUGGGAGUGUAAGUAUGAUUUCAUUCAUUGCGGGACUACCAAGCCUGGAGUAUCUCCACUUAAAACAGAUACAUUUUAUAGAAGAUGAAUCAGAAGAGUGGUGCCUUGGAGAUAUCACUUUCCAUAAACUUAAGUUGUUGAAACUGGUGGGAUUAAGAAUCUCAAGGUGGGAUGCCUCGGAGGAAUCCUUUCCCCUGCUUGAAACACUUGUUAUAAAAUCGUGUAUAAAACUCAUGGAGACCCCCCUUAGCUUUGCAGAUAUUCCAACACUGAAACAGAUUAAGUUGAUGAAUUACGACAGCGAAUCUCUGGAGGCUUCAGUUGUGAGAAUUAAGGAAGAAGCCGAAGCGAUUGAAGGAUGCGACCGUAUUCAUAUACUAUCUAAGUAGAAACAAAGUCCUAUGUUCUGUUUUUAAGUGCAUCUAGUUUGAUAAAAAUAUGUUUUAAUACAGUGAGGGGAGCUAUCACUAGCAGCUGUGAGUCAAACAUGUGCCUGUAACCACAACAAUGACAACUGCAACAAAAACACAAAACAGAGUGGAUGACAAUACUGAAGCAUGCUCGUGUUGAAGUUUAUUGUGCGGCUAGCCGAUUGAUAAGUUUGUUUUGAUUGAUAAACUGGGACACAUUCCUUCUUUUUCUUUAUAUAUCAGAUUGUGUAGUUAUGCAACUUUAAUAUUUUAGAACCUGUCAAAUCAUUGUUUCUUUUUUGCUUUUAUAGUUUGACUUAUCUGCAGCACCUGCAAAAUUUAAUUAAGGAUAUUAAGGUGAAUUAGUUUCUGGUUGAAUACAAGAA